AGCCGGAAGCGGAAGUAUCCGUCUGUGGCUAGAGAGAAGGAAGUGGUGACUCUAGAGUGGAGAUGGCCGCGCUGGCUCAGCUGCCCCCGUUGCCCCCACAGUUUAAGAGCAUACAACAUCAUCUGAGGACGGCUCAGGAGCAUGACAAACGGGACCCUGUGGUGGCCUAUUACUGUCGGUUAUAUGCUAUGCAAACUGGAAUGAAGAUUGAUAGUAAAACUCCUGAAUGUCGUAAAUUUUUAUCGAAGUUAAUGGAUCAAUUAGAAGCUCUUAAGAAACAGUUGGGUGAUAAUGAAGCUAUUACACAAGAAAUAGUUGGUUGUGCUCAUUUGGAGAAUUAUGCUUUGAAAAUGUUUUUGUAUGCAGACAAUGAAGAUCGUGCUGGGCGAUUUCACAAAAAUAUGAUCAAGUCCUUUUAUACUGCAAGCCUUUUAAUAGAUGUCAUAACAGUAUUUGGAGAACUCACUGAUGAAAAUGUGAAACACAGGAAGUAUGCAAGGUGGAAGGCAACAUAUAUUCAUAAUUGUUUGAAAAAUGGGGAGACUCCUCAAGCAGGCCCUGUUGGAAUUGAGGAAGAUAAUGAUAUUGAAGAAAAUGAAGAAGCUGGCGCAACCUCUCUGCCUACUCAGCCACCUCAGCCAUCAUCCUCUUCAGUUUUUGACCCAAGCAACAUCCCAUCAGGCAGCUAUACUGGAAUCCAGAUUCCUCCAGGCGCACACGCCCCAGCUAACACACCUGCAGAAGUGCCACAUGGUGCAGGUGUAACGAGUAAUCCUAUCCAGCCUUCUCCACAGACUGUCCCCGCCAUUGAUCCUGCACUGUUCAGUACAGUUUCCCAAGGGGAUGUCCGUCUAACUCCAGAGGACUUUGCUAGAGCUCAGAAAUACUGCAAAUAUGCUGGCAGUGCUUUGCAGUAUGAAGACGUAAGCACAGCCGUACAGAAUCUACAGAAGGCCCUCAAAUUACUGACAACAGGCAGAGAAUGAAGCCUUUGUACAAGAGAUUCGUGUAUUUUUGGCAUAAGGAACUAACAGUCCAUUACUCUAUCAUCAGCCUAUCAGGAGCACAGUUUUAAGGGGGACUUCAGUUCCAUUGAAUGUGACAAUGAAAUCUGUGUCUGUCUGAUUCCUACCGAAGCGUUCAGCAGCAGCCUCAGCCAGUUUUCAUUGUCCACUUAGUGGAUCCCACAAUCUGAGUAAAUAGGGCUCAUGUUAGCAAGAUCCUUAAAAGUGUCAGUUGAACCCUGCUUCAAAAAUGAAAACAAACCCCUGUGAAAUUACAUUGGGAAUAAGCUUUUUAAUUCAGGUACGUUGAGGAAUUUUCUAGAAGUCUGUAAUAUGUGGAAAACCACGUUACUUUGCUAUAAAAUUCUAAAUUUAACUUGUAAUAAAGAUGGCCAUAAUAUUCUAGAGAUCAUGUUUUUAUUUUCCUCAACAUUGACAAAAUAAGUAUGAACAUCUGAAAAUGAUAGAUGAAUACAAAAGACAUUAUGUCAAAACCCUUAAUUUAUAUUCAUACUAGAUAUAACUACUUUAAAAAUUUAAAACUUUAUGAAAGAAACUAAAAUUGGGGUCAAGUGGUAGAGUCACAUUUAGACUCAAGCAGAACAUGGAUUUCUUACUGAUUCCCCUUACCCACUGAAGCUUGAGGUAAAUUGGCAUUUGCUUCAUUGGCAGUCUGACUGCGUGUGUUAGAAAAUGAAAAAUCAUUUGUAGUAAUGUCUGGGAACUUGGUGCUUUAAGUUAAGGUUUUCCUUAGCUGCUGUGGAAUGGAUUCCACAGAGUACAUAGAUGGAAUGAUACAGAAGAUUAUAGGACUUAAGAUUCUCAGUCGUUAAGUUUUUAAGUUUUGUGGGAAAUUAUGAACUUAAUGUAUCACCUGCGUUUGUGCUGUAUAGAAAAUAAAUACAAGGAUUCUUUUAACUAGUUCACUUAUUAUAAAGCCAAAUAUUUGUUUUGAUUUGCAUGGUAGAAUUGUCCUUUUUAAAUGUGUUUAUAUUUAGUUAUAGGAGUACAGAUGUUUCUAUAGUAGCAAACAGUUUUUUAAAUUGAGUCUGACAAAUUUACCUGAAGUUUAUGUGCACCCUUUCAUUUAUUCCACUUGGAUUGGAAUCCUUUUAGGUGUCAGCAAGUUGUGGCCCAUGGCUGUUCACCUGUAGUAUAAGGAUUUAUUGGAAUGAAACCAUGCACAUUCAUUUAUGUUUUAUCUUGGUCACUUUGCACAGCUGUAUAGUUGUGUGGCUUGUGAGUCUAAAAUAUUUACUAUCUUGCCCUUCAAGAAGUAUACUGAUACCUAUUCUAAUUGCCUGGUUGAAAGAAAAUGAAUCACUAACUCAUAUCCACUUGUAUUAAUUAUUUGCAUAAAUAUGAUGCUAUUGUGCAAGGUUUGAUAGAGUGCAUAGAUGGAAUGAGCAAUUCUAAAUUAUAAAAAAAAAAGCCCCAAAAAGCAUGCCUCCUAAAAACUAUUCUCCAAUCUUUCACAAAAUAUAUAAACAGUUAAAACAUUCAGCACUGGGAACCCUGUGCUGUUACAGCUCUGAAGAACAUAGUCCUAGUUGAAAACUGGCUAGGACCAUCUUUUUAAAAGGGUUAAACAGUUUCACAAAUUUUAUUACAAACCUUAAUAUAUCUGUGCACUAAAACUGUUACCUCCUAUUUCACACCCUUCCUAUUGGCUCCCUGGCACAUUGAGAAGGCACAUGGAGGGAGGGAACAGUGUGGUAACCAGGAGAGCCACUAACUAGUGGGCUACAUGAGGUAACAGAGUCCUUUUCCAUAAAACACAAGUGACACCACUAGUCACCUCAGUGUUUGUUAGGAAAUUAAAUGACAUACCAUACACGAAGUGCUUAGCACAUGGUAACAUUACAUCUACAACUGUUUAUUAUUGUUUAAUGCUUUAAUAAUUAAUGUGAAUUGUUAGUGAUUAUUUACCAAAAUACCAGGAAACCCCAUUGUCUUUGUGGCCCAAUGCUUAAAAAUGCUUUCUUGCAUGAGGGAACUAAACUAUAUAAUAAUUUCUAACUUUGUACUUGUAUUUCUUCAUAUAAAAUCCAAGUAUAAAAUUAGGGUACACUUUCUGAUGUAACACUAGGAUAAGCCAUUUUCAUUUCUUCAUUCAGCUUCUGUUCAUUGAGCAGCUACUGUGUGUCUGGUACUGUUCUUUGCAAGAAGUAGUAGAAAAGAAAAAACCUCUGCCUCAUUGAGUUUGCAUUCUAAUGGAGAAGAAAUGGACAUAUUAAAUAAAAGUAUAUCACAUGUAUUUGACCAGUGGUUCUCAAAAGAUGAUUGUGAGGAGUGCAGUUCUCGGGCCCUAACCCAGUCCUCCUCAGUCGGAAACUCUGGGAACAGUACCCAGGUUUUUGAUCCCUGAAGUUUGAGUGGGAUAAGCCUUACCCAAGUCAAAGAGAUUGAGAGGCUGGGAGGAGAGGUUACCCUCCCUGAAGCAGUGGUUCCCAAAGAUGCCCCUGAACCACUACCAUCAACAUCCGAACCUGUGAAGAGUUCUAGGGGCCACACUUAGGGAACUUCUGUAUUAAAGAAUGACAAACACGGAGAAAACCAGAGCUCAGAGUAGGAGAUUCUUAGGUGUCUGUAGAAAGGUACAUAUUUAAAUAGGAUAGGCAGGGUAGUGAAAAGGCACAGCAUAGCUGUGUUGGUGCAUGGAGAAAGCAAAUCCUGGCAAAGGGAGGUAGAAAUAAGUGUGAGUGGGACAAAGGCAGGUCGGGGAGCUAAAGACCUAUGACAAUACAAGCUUUUUGUAAAGGGCUUUGACUUGAAUAAGAGCUACAAAAAAACAGGAAUAGUCUGAUAGGACAUCUAAAGGAAUCACACUGACUUUUAUGGUAGGUCGUGAUGGAGGGCAAGGAUGGGAGCUGGAGAGCCAGUUAAGAAUAUUAGAAUAAUUAGGAUAAGAAGUGAUAGACUGCUAGUAGCCAUGGAGGGCAUGAGAUGUGAUUGGCUUCUGACUUUUUCUUUUUUUGGUAAAGUCCGAGGAUUUCUGUAGAUGAGACGAAGUGUGGACAUAGGAAUGGAGAUUGACCUCCCUGUUUUUAGCCUGAAAGCCUGGAAGGAAAGAGUAGUCAUUAAUCCUAGGUGGGAAAAUUGCCCAAUUCUUGUGACCAUCCAAAGUAAAACUGAUUGCAGGAUUUUGUCAGUGUGACAAGGGGAAGAAAAAAUAAGAUAAAUUUCUUUUUCCAUCGUUGUCAGAGGUAUCUCACCAAGUCAUGCUGGAGGGAGAAGCAGGAAUUAUUCCCAUGGUUAUCACGUACAUGUAGGUUUACAAACAUCUAGAUCACAUAAAAAAAUCAAUCUUUCAUUUACAGGCUU